AAAACCAGCCACGGAGGGACAGGACAUCGGCAAUAAGUUUUUUUAAAUGAUAUUUUCGAGUCGGGAAUGAAGGAUUCUAGCAGUUUCCGGUCGGGAGUGGGCAGGAACCCCUUCGCCCACGAGCUGAAAUUCACCACGGCGGAGAAAGUAAAGAUCGGACUGAUGUCGGUCACGGUUUUCCCCGUGCGGCUGCUCCUGGUCUCUUUCCUGAUGCUGCUGGCGUGGCCUUUCGCCUUCGCGGCCGCAGUCGGACGCUCCGAGUUCGCCGUGGAGCCCCAGUCCUGGUGGAGGAGAUUUAUAGACCUCAGUCUUAGGGUGAUCAUGCGUGCCAUGUGGUUCUGCGGCGGCUUCCACUGGAUCCUGGUGAAGGGGGAAAGGGCCACGCCCUCAGAAGCUCCCAUCCUGACCGUGGCGCCACACUCCUCCUACUUUGACGCCAUCCCGGUAACCAUGACGAUGUGCUCCAUCGUGACCAAGCUGGAGAGCAGGAGCAUCCCCGUCUGGGGCACUUUGAUCAGCUACAUCCGGCCCGUGUUUGUGUUCCGGUCGGACCAGGACUCCAGGAGGAAAACGGUGGAGGAGAUAAAGCGCCGGGCCAAAUCUGGAGGGAUGUGGCCCCAGUUCGAAGGUGCUUUCAUCCCGGGACUCCCAGUGCAACCAGUGAUCCUCCGGUACCCAAACAAACUGGACACAGUUUCAUGGACAUGGGACGGUCCUGGAGCGUUUAAGAUCUUAUGGCUCACUCUGUGCCAACCUCAUAAUUCUAUGGAGAUUGAAUAUUUACCCACAUACGCCCCUUCUGAGACGGAGAGGGAAAACCCUGCUCUGUUUGCCAGUAACGUGAGGAGACUCAUGGCAAAGACCCUGGAGCUUCCCCUCACAGAUCUUUCCUUCGAGGACCGGGACCUCAUCCUGUCCCACGGGCCUCUGGGCGUCUACGACCACGGCCGACUGCUGCAGUUCAACCGCCUGGUGUCCCGUUUGGGGCUAAGAGCAGGAAUCACAGACAAACUCCUGGAGGAUCAGGCCAGGAGAGCGAGGAAGCUUCGGGUGGAGAGACUGGGUUUGGAAGAGUUCGGCCUCUUUCUAAACCUGCCCGUCACAGACACUCUGAGACAGGUCCACAACACCUUUGAUCAGCACGGAGACGGUCGAGUGGAUAUCAGACACUUCGUGGUGGCUCUGUCCACCACCCACCGGCCUUCAGGGUCCGAGGAAACCCUGAAACUGGCCUUCCAGAUGUACGAGAGCGAGGACGGGAGUGGGAUCCUGGAGGAGGAACUGGCCGUCAUCCUGGGAAUAAUGUUGGGAGUGGAGGAGGUGGAGUUCUCAGCUGUGUUUGGAGCUCUAAGAAGACCCAACACGGGGAAGAUUACUUAUGGUGAGCUUCGGGACGUUCUUCAUCGAUAUCCAAACUUCGUCCUGGACUGCCUUUAUUUUCGAGGUCACCCCGGUGGAUCUGGGCUCAGCCCCCCCCAGAGCUGUAACGGACACAAACACGACAAAGACGACUAACCACAAACUCUUUAUUUCCCCGGUUGCCUUCCACCUCUGUGCUUUAAAGAGCGGGUAAAGAGAGAGAAACGCUGUCAGGGAGUGGAGAUCCUAAGAGAUUUUUCUUUAUUUUCAUUUCUGUAUUUUCUUGUAGUUCCUAUUUGGAUGUAAAGACUCUUCUUUUUACGUAAUUUAUUUGAAAUCUGUGUUCUUUUCUUUUUUUAAAGUUUCAUUUACUGUAUUGGGGUUUUAUUUAAAGGUUAGCACAGUAGUCAUCUCGGGCAGAUUUCUGUGUCCUCCACUUCAUAUCUGAGAACAGAGCGAUUUCAUUCAAUAAAACCCGAUUAGUUUUAGUCAUAGCGAUACCGGCUUUAGCUGUUUAACGAGUGUUAGAGGUCAGAUUUCCAAAUCGCUUGGCAAUAAAUACUCUAUUCCAAAGAAAAAUGAUUGAAAAAAGCCAUAAAA